AUGCGUAAUAAUACUAGUUAUAAUGCGUCAGUUAUCCUCUAUACUUUUAUCAAAGAUCAACAACCUACCUUUGGAUUAAAUAAGGCUAUCAAGAAGAUGAGGAUGAAAGCAGCAAGAUCGAUUGCCCAAUUUGUUAAUCUAUAUUAUCACAAAAUUUAUCACAGAUUUAUGAAGGAAUUAUCUUGGUAUGCUAUGCUUGAUUUACAAAUCUUACAAGAGUGUAAUAAAGGAAGCAAAAAUUUUCAAAAAUCUCAUACCAAGACAGGGAUACAUUGCAAUUUGCUGUAUUGUUGGGCUCAUAGCCAAGAUGGUAGGCCAUAA